AUGACUGUGUCGAAGGCAGAUAAGUUGAGUGUCCUCGGUGACUUCAACGUCCGCGUCGGCACAGACCAUGCUGCCUGGAGAGGAGUACUAGGUCCUCAUGGUCUCAACGGCUCCAACGACAAUGGCCUGCUCCUUCUCCGCACCUGCGCAGAACAUAGACUCAUCCUGACUAACACCAUCUUUUGCCUGCCGAUGCGAAAGAAGGCCACCUGGCGGUAUCCUCGGUCUCGUCAGUGGCACCUGCUGGACUAUGUCCUCGUCCGGAAGCGAGAUCAGCGGGACGUGCUGGUGACGAAGGCGAUUGCGGACGCUGACGGGUGGACCGACCAUCACCUCGUCAUCUCGAAGAUGCGUAUUCGCCUACAGCCUCGCAGUAGACCACAAGGUAAGCGACCCCCAGGUAAGCUAAAUAUUGCCUUGUUGUCUUUGCCCGCUCACCAUCUUCAUUUCAGCAAUGAGCUGGCUCAACGGCUAGACAACCCUCCUAUCGCUGCCGCCGCUGCCGCCGCUGCCGAGAACGCCUCCGUGGAGAACCGCUGGUGUCAACUGCGAGACACGGUCCAGGCGACGGCGCUCGCCGUCCUCGGUCGCCCACGCCGCCAACAUCAGGACUGGUUCGACGACAACGACGCCGCCAUCGGCAAUCUGCUCGCCGAGAAGAACCGCCUACACAAAGCCUACGUAGACCACCCCACUGUCGACAACAGAGCUGCCUUUUACCGCAGUCGGCGCCAUCUUCAGCAACGACUGCGCGAGAUGCAGGACGCCUGGACUGCUCGCAAAGCUGAGGAGAUCCAAGGAUACGCGGAGCGCAACGAAUGGAAGAACUUCUUCUCCGCGAUCAAAGCUGUCUACGGUCCGCCGACGAAGGGCACUGCUCCUCUUCUCAGCACCGACGGUAGCACCCUCCUGACUGAGAAGACACAAAUUCUACAGAGAUGGGCCGAGCAUUUCCGAGGCGUCCUCAACCGCCCCUCCGCCAUCUCCGACGUCGCCAUCGCCCAUUUGUCGCAAGUGGAGACCAACGUGGACCUCGACCUUCCGCCAUCGCUCCAGGAAACCAUCACGGCCGUGCAGCAGCUCUCCAGCGGGAAAGCACCCCGAUCGGACACAAUCCCUGCUGAGGUCUACAAGCACGGAGGUUCCCAACUGAUGGAUCACCUGACUGCGCUCUUCCAGGAGAUGUGGCGCCAAGGUAAAGUCCCGCAAGAUUUCAAGGACGCAACAAUCGUGCACCUAUAUAAGCGAAAAGGAAACCGCCAAGUCUGCGGCAAUCACCGUGGCGUCUCCUUGCUGAACAUCGCCGGGAAGAUCUUCGCUCGCAUCCUCCUCAAUCUUCUGAAUAAUCAUCUGGAUCAGGGUCUUCUGCCGGAAAUCCAGUGCGGCUUCCGCCGUCAUCGCGGGUCCAUGACAUGA